UAAGGGAGUACUCUAGAGUCUGCUGUGUAAUCAGUUUUAUUUCAUGAAAUGGUAUGUUGUGUUCUGAUAUGCUUCUGUUUCUGCUGUAUAUUCCUACCUUUCUAUAGCAGAGCUUGUGAUAUGCAUUUACCCAUAAACGUGCGUUAUUUCGCACAUAUAAAUACUGUAUUUAUUUGUAAGAGAAACACGGUCAAUAUAUAAAAUAGUGGUUUGGCUAAAUGAUUGACUCUCGUUUCUAAUUAAAUCCGCCUGUCUAAUGAUGAAUUCACUAUUGCUGUUUAAAAUGAAUGACAUGUGCACACCCCACCUUCUACCCCAAAACCCCAUUCGCUAGUUCACUUACAGUUAUUUCUUUAACUCUAUAGCUCAGGUUUUUAAACACCAUUAUCACACAACGUGCAAUGUCGUAUUGUCAAUCCACCCGUUAUACAUCAACCUAUAAAAUUAAGGUUUUAAGGCAUCAUAUCCGAUACUAUUUUCUCUCCCUCUCUCUCUCUCUCUCUUCCCCCUAAAUGCCUCUCCUAAAAAGUAGGCGGCAAUUAUUAGUGGAAAAUGGCGAUCAGCUAUUAGUCGCUAAAGCGGUACCUGCUAUUGGAGGGGCACCUGGGAUUGAUGAGACACAGUGGCCAAUGAGACAGCGUGGAAUGAAUGGCCGGGCUUCAGUUAAAGGGGGCGUAAGAGGAGCUAGUGCCAGUCCACGGAGAAAGAGGGACCCUCCGCAAUAAACACAGGCAAGCGAAAGAAAUAAACACACAAAUCGGAACAACAAUCCGAGAUGCUGCCAAACCCCGCUCUCUCUUCGUGCUAGGACAGAUAUUAAGAUAAUUAUUCAAUUCUUCGUGUGUGUUUAAAAGCAAUCAACAUUCCCAGUUUCCAGAGGAAAAACGCAAAGGAAUCUCUUUACUUGGUUUCAUGGGGAUUUUUUGGUUGCUGUUAAAAGUUAACUACCAGUGAAUAUAGACGUGUUCGGUAAGACAAGUUGUAUAGGGUUUUUUUCUUCCUAUGAGUGGAUCAUCGCUUUGAGCUUCGCCUGAUAUGGUGUUUCCAUGCAUGGAAGUUGUAAUUUCCAUAACUGAAUAGACAAUUGAAUUGUAAUUUUUCUACUUUUUUUUGUUAUACACACAAGCUGAUUCGAACGAAAUUCGCUUUGAGAGACCAUGUUGCUGGACGCAGGUCACCAGUUCCCCGGACUGGGAGUUGGCACGUUUGCCAGGCAUCACUCAGCAAGCGAGAUGCAGGAGAGAGACUUGAGUUUAGCACAAAAUAGCUUCGUCGACUCGGCACACAUGGGUGCGUUUAAACUGAACCAUGAUCUUUCUCCGGGACAGAGCUCUGCCUUCACCUCCCAGGCGCCCGGCUACCCCGCAGGGGCUUUGGGGGCUCAUGCAGCCCAUGUCACCUCGUACGCGAGUUCCCCGUUCAACUCCACCAGGGACUUUCUCUUUCGCAGCCGAGGCUUCGGAGAAUCAUCUCCGGCGAGCAGCCAACACGCUAUUUUCGGCCCCACGGCGGGGUCUCUUCAUCAUACCCACACAGACAGCCAAGGCCACAUUCUGUUCCCCGGCAUCCACGACCAGCAUGGGUCCCACGGAUCCCCGAAUGUGCUCAAUGGGCAAAUGCGUCUUGGACUACCGGGCGAGGUUUUUGGGCGUUCCGACCAGUACCACCAGGUCUCCAGCCCAAGGACCGACCCUUACUCGGCCGCCCAGCUCCAUAACCAGUACAGCAGCAUGAAUAUGAACAUGGGGAUGAACAUGGGAGCCCACCACCACCACCACCCCGGUGCCUUCUUUCGCUACAUGCGGCAGCAGUGCAUCAAGCAGGAGCUCAUCUGUAAAUGGAUCGACCCAGAGCAGCUGAGCAACCCCAAGAAGAGUUGCAACAAAACUUUCAGCACCAUGCACGAGCUGGUCACGCACGUCUCCGUGGAGCACGUCGGGGGACCGGAGCAGAGCAACCACAUUUGCUUUUGGGAAGAGUGCCCCCGCGAGAGCAAACCGUUUAAGGCGAAAUACAAACUGGUGAAUCACAUUCGGGUCCACACGGGUGAGAAACCCUUCCCCUGCCCCUUCCCUGGAUGUGGCAAGGUCUUCGCAAGGUCGGAAAAUUUGAAGAUUCACAAGCGUACACAUACAGGAGAGAAACCAUUCCAGUGUGAGUUUGAAGGCUGUGACAGGCGGUUUGCCAACAGCAGUGACCGAAAGAAGCACAUGCAUGUCCACACGUCUGACAAACCAUAUCUUUGCAAAAUGUGUGACAAGUCCUACACACAUCCCAGCUCUCUUCGAAAACACAUGAAGGUCCACGAAGCGGCCCCUCCAGCGUCCGACUCCUCGCCUGCAGCCAGUUCUGGUUACGAGUCAUCCACACCGCCCGGCUUAAUCUCCCCCACCACCGAGACCCAAAGCAACAACAAUCUUUCACCCGCGUCCGCAGUCCACAAUAACAACAACGGUCACAGCAGCCUAUCGUCUAAUUUCAGUGAAUGGUAUGUUUAGGACGGAACCGAACAGCGAAUACAGAACCAUUGCUCAGAACCAGCGCAGGAGAUUCGGACACUCGUGCACCGAGGAGAGCAUGAAUACCAUGAACGCUUCAAAAGCAUAGAAGUAGAUUUAAAACCACCAGAGAAGAGAACUCACUUACCAACAGAAGAAAAUAUGUAAUAUGUUCAAGGAGCAUUCAAUAUAUUUGUAAAUAAUUAUUACACUCCCUCUUUCCCAUUGGUUGUGAUAGAUUUUUGUCGUUCUUUGGUGUAUAGAUGUUCCUUCAAUGGUAGCUAUUUCUCUAACUGGACUUAUAGUGCACAUAUUACGAUUCAAGUUGUAUUAUGAUGUUAAAUAUUGUGAUCCUAAGGCAAAUUGAUUGUAACUAUACUAAACAUCUAUAAACUGGAAAGAGUGCCAAAGUUAACACUUAACUCAAACAGUCCACCAUAUUUUGCUUGUGAAUGUUGGCUUAUAUUUUAGUUUGCUGGGCUUAACUUGUGAUGUUUUGUGCUUUGCAAGUUUUUAAUUGUGAAAUGCUAUCUGGAAGAAUAGACGUUGUGCCGUUGGAUUUUCUGUAACUACAUCCUUCCUUUUGUAAAUAUCUACUGCCAUAUUUAUCCGUUUGUAAUUAAAUUAUGGUAUUUACUACAAAUUAAACAAUAUUUAUAAAGAAUGUUUCUUUACUAUAAAUAUGUACAAUUAUGAGCUAAACAGGGGCAGUUGUUUUGUUAUGUGCUUUUGUUCAAAGUUAAAGAGGUGUUUUCUUCAUUAUUGUGAUAAGAAUUUUACUGCAUACAAAUAUAAUAAAAAGUGUUGCAAGUGUUAAAAAAA